GAUACUGUAUAUACAGUACCGUAAAAGCUCUAUCGUCAUAGGUCAACACUGCUGAUGCGAUGCGCUCUUCACACAUUCUCUUCACGGUCUCAAGCUCAACCGCGCAUUUAUAGAUAAAUAUAGAGUAAAAGCAAGCAUCGUCACUAUUUACUUAGCUAUGGUCAUAUGCUCGUAUUCCGCAGUAAGAGGUAGGCCUUUUAAUUUCUGUUGUGGUGUUUAUUCGUUGCUUGAUGUUUGCGAUCAAUUGACGGUCAAAAUGACGAGAGACGUUGCUUGUUAGAGAACGGUUAUGCACAAAGUUAGCAACGGCCAGCAUAAAUAAUCAGAUGGAAUGAGAUGUCGGAUUAAGAACUGCGUUUUAUUUCACAUCAACUGACCGUAAAGCCUACGCAUCGCUGUCAUCUCAAACGUGACUCGUGCUGCAGGUGUAAUUACAAUGAUGGCGAAGACACAGCUAGAGGGUUGGAAACAGUUAGUUUGUAAGCUGCAAUCGGGAUUUUAGGCAUGUUAUAGUACUAUGAACUGAAUUCUGAUAGAGAUGUGUUUAUCAGCUAUUUUAGGCAUCUUUGCUUUCUUGCAUUUAACUCUGGGCCUGUUGAGUUUUACCGUUGGAUGCAUUUCUUCCAGUCAAGCCAUUGUAUGGCUGGCGCAUACUGUGUCACCGAUCUGGAGUGGGGUUUGUUUUAUAGUUUGUGGUGUCCUCGGGUUUGUUAGUGUUCGGAAACAGACACCAUACACAGUUCUGUGUUUCACGGCGUUCUCUGUAGUAAGUAUUAUCAUCGGCAUUAUAAACAUUCAACUGCUAAGACUUGGACUUGUUGAUCAUACAACAGACGGAGAGACAUUUAUGAAGAAAGAUAAGGAUAUACUUGUAGUGAUCGCACUGAUUACCGCAUGUACCGAGUGUGGAAUCAGCCUAAUCUCCGCUUUUGUCAGCUGUGGAAUCGCAAGGCACAUAAAAAAACAGACACUUGGCAAGAAUGAACACAUUCUAUCAAAUGAAGAGAGAAUCGCUGAACGACAAGAACAAAUUCGAAAGCAAAAACAGCAAGAGAGAAAAGCUGCUGCUAAGGAACGAGGAAGAUCUGUACGAUAUAAACCAGUAUAGUUUUGAGCCGUUUGGACUUAUCCGAGAUGCAAGGAUGUAUUCUUCCAUCUCUUUGGCUAAAUGAUAAAAUGUUGCAAACGGUUGUGAUGAGAAACCUAAGUGAGAUAUUACGAAUUCUGUAAAUAUCCAAGAAAUAUUUUUAUUGGCAUUUUGUGUAUUAUUGAGCAUGCAAUAAUAUGGUUUUGAAGGGCCAGAACAAAAUAACUAAAAGAGAGCCGUUGAUAAUACGCAAACAAUGUGUAAAUCUUACACGAAAUUUUUCACAAAAGCAUACAUGCUACCAAGGCUGAAGAGAUGAUGAACAUUGUUGCUAAUACAAUUUCACUAAUGGUAGAUAAACUUGUACAAAUCACAACACGUUCACAAUUAACAUGAUGUGUGUCAUUGAUAUCGUGAUGUUUACCACAAACAUAUCAGAUUCUUACUCUCCUUUGCCGAUUUAAAUAUACAUUUAAAUAUCGGUUUUCGUUAUUACCUUGCAUAAUCGUGUCUAUGUUUUCUAAACAAACCACUCUCCGAAUGUAGCAUUACAGAUUUAGUGUAAUCCUAAUGCACACGGUUCUCCUAAUAAGGAAAUUAAUUCCGAUUCCGUUAAGUUGGGGACCCUUGGUGUCAAUCGAAGUGCCUCUAGCACCGGAGGAUGAGGGUUUGGAUGGGGAUUUCUUUGUGAAAUGGCGGCUCUGGAAGCUUCGACAUUAUUGCACUUUAAAAACAUAUAUCUGAUCAAUUAUGAAGGCCUUCAAGUGAUUGUUAUAAACAGUAUUAAACACAUAGAAGACUACCUAUUUGAAAUAACACGAUUAAAGAUAGCUUAUUAACACAAUAUACUGGUUGAAACAUGUGUUUUUGUUUUAAUAUAUUGUUGUAAAUUGACCUUUAUCAAGCAUAGGACCGUAAUGUGUACUUAAAUAAAAGUUUGUAAACAUUGA